AUGAAUGAAACAAUAGACGAUAAUAAAAUCGAAUCUCAACCACUAAUAAUACAUGUUGUUGAAGGUUCUAUUACAUCUCGUAUGAAAGAAAUAACAAAACGACCAAAAUGUGAACGUAGUUCAACAUUCAGUCAAUUCUUUAAUACACGACGUUGUCUUGUAAAUCCUGAAGCACAACAACGUAUAUUUGGUCCAAUACGUCGUUUUUAUUAUCGUUCAUUUUGUACAAUUUCAAAACUAUAUACAUUUACUGAAGGUUUUGAUAAAAAACCAACAAUAUUUGUUUUACAUCAACUUAUUCGUAAUGGUAAUGCAUAUUUACGUGUAAAAGGAUAA